AUGAUGCCUGAAUCUGAUGCAUAACCAGUUCAGCAUUGUGUUAUCUGAAAGUUGGGUGUGCUCUGAUGGUUGUGCUAUAAAAGAAUGCCUCCUCCUGCAAACAUAUCAGACAGCUGAGGAAACACUUAUUGUACAGGUUUCUGACAGAGAUUACUCUGCUCUUAGAGAUGUUGGAGGGAAAAGCUUGGAUCCCAGGUUUCACCCUGCUUGUGCUGCUCACAUUAUGUGGUGAAACUGCUCGCUGCCAAAAUCAACACAAAGGUUCGACACAUCUGACAGACCUGAGACUCAUUCUGGUUGGAAAAACGGGAUCAGGAAAGAGUGCUUCUGGAAACACCAUCUUGGGGAGAGAAGAUGCCUUUAAAGAGGACGUCUCACCUGAGUCUGUGACUCAAAACUGUCACAGAGAAGAGCUAAGCGAUCGUGACAGGGACAUCGUUGUCAUCGACAGCCCAGGACUGUUUGACACAAACAAAACACAAAAAGAAGUCAAACUGAAAAUUGAGGAGUGUGUUAAGCAGUCAGUUCCUGGACCCCACGCUUUUCUGUUAGUGAUCAGUCUGAAGUCAAGAUUCACUGAUGAGGAGAAGGCAGCUGUGAAGUGGAUCCAGGAUAAUUAUGGCAAAGAUUCUUCCAUGUAUACCAUAGUCCUGUUUACACAUGCGGACUUGCUAGAGGGUAAAUCUGUGGAUGACUAUUUGGCAGAGAGCAAACAUCUACAAAGACUGAUAAACGAGUGUGGAGGACGAUACCAUUCACUCAUCAAUGACCGGAGAGAAAGCAGAAGCCAGGUCAGAGAACUUCUAGAUAAGAUAGAGAGAAUGGUGAAGUCCAAUGGAGGAAAACACUACACCAAUGAGAUGUACCAGGAAGCUCAGAGGAAACUUGAGGAGGAGAGGAGAAAGAUGGAGGAGGAGGAGAGAGAGCGAAGAAAGAGGGAAGAGGGGCAAAAUUAUGCUUGGUUUAAAAAGAUAGCUGCCGCCGCUGGAAUUAUUGGAACAGCAGUAUUUUACCCCACACAUGCUGCUGCCUUGGCAGUAGGUCAACUACUUGGAUUUGGACUUGCACAAUAGAUAUGUAUGUGUAGUUGCUGGACUGGUGACAAAAAGUGUGGGAUUGUGUGGGAUAAAAACAUUUUUCAGUAAAGUCUGAAAUUAAGUUAAUUUCUCCUGGCAUUCAUUGCUGAUUUCAUUUCAUUUUUAUUCCUCUUGCAAUAGCCAUGGCCAGAGGCAUUAUGUUUUUGGGUUGUCCAUCCAUCUGUCCAUCUUUCUCCCAUCUGACCCAUACUUUGGCAUUUGAUAUCUCAAGAACACCGUGUGUGAAUUUCUUUAAAUUUGGCACAAAGGUUCACUUGGUGAGUGAUGAUUGACAGGGAAUACUUUUGUGUAAGUCUAUCUAUUGUGUUAUUGUUUUUUAGGAAAAUCCUGCAUGGUAUGCCUUUAAUAUUACUGUGGAGAUUGGGAACUUCUUACAUACUUAUGUUUCUGUGGGAUAAAAAAAAAUUCUCAAUAAAGUCUUAAGUUCA